UCAAAAUUCAUCUUAAUUUUCAGUUGAAUUUUGUUUUUAAAAAUUAAAAAAAAAAAAAAUUGAAAAGAUAUGGCACAAGAAGAUUCGCAAGUUGAAACCCUAGAUUCAACGUCUGCUGGUGAUCAGUCUCAACCGUCGUCUUCGGAUCUGUCACGAUCAGCGUCGUUUAGUAAGCUUAACGCGCGCGCUCCUGAGUUCGUUCCGGCGCGGUCUCCUACGACGAGUUCGACGACAUCGUCGACGGCGUCGCAGUCGCAAGUGCAAUUACAGGUACCGUCGCCGCCGAGAGUGAUGAUGCCUUCGCCGGCGGCGUUUCAUAAUCAUCAUCCGCCUCAUGUUUAUUCUCCGCAUCAAGGGACGGCGUUUCAUGUGCCGAUGCAGAAUCACGUGAUUCCGGUUCAUCAUCAUCCUCAUCAUCACCAGAUUCAGCAUCACGUGCAGGUUCAGAAUUAUCAUAAUCAUCACCCUCAUCAUCAUCGAAAUCACAAUCAGAAGCAUAAACAGAAGCAUAAUCACUUUCAUCAUUAUGACGAGGAGAAUCAAGAGGUUGAGGUUACAGUGGAGGAUCAGAAAGAUCAGAAGGAUCAGCAUCACGGCGGAUUAUCUGAUGAAUCAACUCAGAAGAUUUUAAAUCAGGUGGAGUAUUAUUUCAGCGAUUUAAACUUGGCCACUACUGAUCAUCUUAUGAGGUUCAUUCACAAGGAUCCUGAAGGAUAUGUGCCAAUAUCUGUUGUUGCAUCUUUUAAGAAGAUUAAAGCCCUCAUAAAUAGUAAUUCCCAGCUUGCCAAUGUUUUGCGGAACUCAUCAAAGCUGGUUGUUAGUGAAGAUGGAAAGAAAGUGAAACGCCAAAAUCCUCUAACUGAAUCAGAUGUGGAAGAAUUGCAAUCUCGUAUAGUUGUCGCUGAGAAUUUACCUGAGGAUCAUUGCCACCAAAACCUCAUGAAGAUUUUCUCUGCUGUUGGGAGUGUUAAUACUAUACGUACUUGUUUGCCCCAAACUUCUGGUGGUGGGGCUCCAUCAGCAUCUAGAUUGACAAAAGCGGAUGGCAUGCUUUUCAGUAACAAGUUGCAUGCAUUUGUGGAAUAUGAAUCUGUUGAGCUGGCUGAGAAAGCGAUUGCAGACCUGAACAAUGAGGGAAACUGGAGGAGUGGUCUUAGGGUCCGUUUAAUGCAUAGACGUGCGGCAAAGAAUGCUCAAGCUAGAGGGAGAAAAGGGCAUGAAGGGGAGUGGCACUAUGAGGAAGAAGAUACUUCCACAUCUGAGCAUCAUUCGAAUGAGAAACAAUUGGAAGAUCAUCCUCAACAACAAAAUGAUCACCAUUCACAUGAAUAUAUGGGAGAGGAUCAUGUGAACGACAAAGAGGGUGGACACAGAAAAGGACGUAACAAGAGCCGUGGCAAGGGGCGUGGGCGAGGCGACCGUGGUCAAUAUCAUCACAAUAACCAUAACCGUGGCCAUCAUGUGGGAACGCCACCAUCAAAUAAUAUGAACAAUAGCGAGCAGUCAACCAUAGGCAAGCAACCUCCAGGGCCUCGAAUGCCAGAUGGAACAAGAGGAUUUGCAAUGGGUCGGGGCAAGCCAGUUGCUGUCAGUACCUCAUGAAUUUUCUUUCUAUUGAUCACAGCUGCUCUUUUAAUUGGCAUGAGACAAAUGAGAAUGUUGUGGCGGGUAACCAUGUCUAUUCAGGUUGUGUAGAUGGCAGGGUUUAAGAAGGGGCUCUCUCCAUCGGACCGAAGUCGCAUCGGGUUAUAUAUUAGCAGUAUGGAAGAAGUACUUUUUUUUCAGAAAUCUGUUGUGUAAUUUGGUAUGGACGGUGCAGAAAAGAAUGCUGGUUAAAUCUUUUCUUUAGUUUUUUAAAUUGAUGUAGAAAAACCAUGAACAAAAAGAAAAACCUUUGGGGGAGACACAAAUACCUAUAGAUAUAUGAGUCAAAAAUUAAAAAAAUUAAAAAAAAUGCAAAUAAUUGUUUUACAUCUGUAUGUAGUAUGUGCUGGUCUAGUAAUGUUAUGGAGUUACUACCAGCCGUUAGAUCUUCGAUCAACAACUGGUUGACCACCGGAAGAAAGAUCGGAUGGUGGUUGUUGACUUGUAGCAUAUAUAAAUAAAAAUGUGUGUAUAUA